GGGAGCUGCCCCGGCCCUGCUCCCGGGCUCUGGCCCUCCCGGUGCGGGUCUGUGGGGACCUUUGGGAGCGGGAGGCAUUCGCGCCGUGGCUUCGUGGCACUCAGGGAAGGUCUUGUCCCCCCGUGGGAGCAGAGGAGCAAUGGAUUUGGGAAUGCUGGAUGUGCCUUGUCAGGCAGAGGGCACUGGUUGAUGGCUGAGCCCCAACUGGUUUCUACUGGUCCAAAAUGGGGAGGCUCAGCAUCUCCUGCCUGCUCCCUGCCUCUUGGCACUUCAGCAUCUCCCCCGUGGGGUGCCCACGGGUGUUUCACACCACGUUACGCCAGGUGGUGGUGCUGGGGAUCCUGGCGGCCGCGGCCUCGCUGCUCUGCUACUCCCUGCUGGUGAUCCGGAGUAAAUACGGGAGAGCUUCCCGGGAGAGGAGGUUCCAGAGAUACCUCUCCAGGGUGGGGGACACCGAGGCCACGGACACCUCCAACCCCAACCUCAGCUAUGGGAUCGUGGUGGAUUGUGGCAGCAGUGGCUCCAGGAUCUUUGUCUAUUGCUGGCCCAGGCACAAUGGGAACCCCCACGACCUCCUGGACAUCCAACAGAUGAGGGACAAAAACAGGAAACCAGUGGUUAUGAAAAUUAAACCAGGCAUCUCAGAGUUUGCUAGCUCUCCUGAGAAGGUCAGUGAUUACAUCUCCCCACUCCUCAGCUUUGCUGCUGAACACGUGCCACGUGCAAAACACAAAGAGACUCCUCUUUAUAUCCUGUGCACUGCAGGGAUGAGGAUUCUGCCAGAAAGCCAGCAGAAGGCAAUACUUGAAGAUCUGCUCACUGAUAUUCCUGUGCAUUUUGAUUUCCUCUUCUCAGACUCCCACGCAGAGGUUAUUUCAGGGAAACAGGAAGGAGUUUACGCCUGGAUCGGCAUCAACUUCGUCCUGGGCAGAUUCGAGCAUACAGAUGAUGAGGAUGAAGCCAUUGUGGAGGUGCAUGUCCCAGGCAGUGAGAACAGGGAAGUCAUCCUCCGUAAGAGGACUGUGGGUAUUCUAGACAUGGGCGGAGUGUCGACUCAGAUAGCAUAUGAAGUCCCUAAAACUGAGGAAGUAGCCAAAAACUUACUUGCAGAAUUCAACCUGGGCUGUGAUGCUCAUCAGACUGAGCAUGUCUACAGGGUCUAUGUGGCCACAUUCCUUGGUUUUGGAGGGAAUGCAGCACGCCAGAGGUAUGAAGACAGUUUGUUUACCAGCACAGUCCUCAAAAACAGACUGCUGGGCACACAGACUGGCCUGACUUGGGAUUCACCUUACCUGGAUCCUUGCCUGCCUCUGGAUGCUGAGGAUGAGAUCCAGCAGAAGGGGCAGAAGUUGUACCUGAGGGGCACAGGGGAUUUCCAACUCUGUCGAGAGAUCAUUCAGCCCUUCAUGAACAAGACCAAUGAGACCCAGACAUCCCUGAAUGGGGUCUAUCAGCCUGCUGUGCACUUUCAGAACAGUGAAUUUUAUGGCUUCUCAGAGUUCUACUACUGCACUGAGGACGUGCUACGCAUGGGAGGAGAUUACAAUGCUGCUAAAUUUACUAAAGCUGCAAAGGAUUAUUGUGCCACUAAGUGGUCUGUCCUGAGGGAACGUUUUGACCGUGGUCUUUAUGCCUCACAUGCUGAUCUCCACAGGUUGAAGUACCAGUGUUUCAAGUCUGCCUGGAUGUAUGAAGUGUUUCACAGGGGUUUCUCUUUUCCUGUGAGUUACAACCAUCUGAAAACAGCUCUGCAGGUUUAUGACAAAGAGGUGCAAUGGACCCUGGGAGCCAUUCUUUACAGAACAAGGUUUUUACCUUUAAGAGACAUCCAGCAAGAAAACUUCCGUGGCACUCACUCCCAUUGGAGGAGCUUCUCCUUUGUUUACAAUCACUAUUUGUUCUUUGUCUGUUUUCUGGUUGUGCUGCUCUCCAUCCUGCUUUACCUCCUGAGGCUCAGAAGGAUCCACAGGCGAAUGUUAAGGAACAGUUCCUCUCCUUCCCUCUGGAUGGAGGAGGGUCUUCCACCACAGAAGAUCCCAGAACCUUUAUGAGAGGCUGUGUUGGAGACCUUUGGUUGGACUUGCUACCCAAAAAGCCAUUUUUGCCUCAGGGUUCCUCCUUUUUUUGUCCCUUGAAAGCAUGGAAGGAGCAGAUUGCCAAGAGCAUGAAACCCAGCUGGGCUUUGGAAACAGGAAAAUGGGGUCACCUUGGCUUAGUCUCAUUGGACAAUAUCAGCCAAAAAUCACUUUUUUCUUUAAUAUUGCACUUUGGUGUGUGAUGGGGUGAGCAAAAACUUGUCAGGAAAUGAGCAGCAGCAGCUUGAGCUGUGUGUGGUAAGAGAAUGAGUGUGAAUUCUCAUCCCUUGGGGGAGAUGGAAAUCCUGCUAGGAUGAGGACUGGCUUUGUUUUCCAGAUUCCAGGAUUGAAACCACUUCAAUUCUGAGUCAAAGCAAAGGAAAUGCAGGGUUUUCAGGAGAAAACCACCUCUUAGAGCAGUUCAGUCUUGAUUUUAUAAUCAGUGCUGGGUUGGAGAAGGAAAAAUCUCUUUGCACCCAAUGCUGUGCUUCCACAAAAUCAGUUUUAUUUAUGAGUUUCCUUUUUAUGUCUUGAAAGCUAGAGCUUUGGAGUGGCACAAGUCACUGCUUUUUAAUCCUUGAUUUCUGUUCCAUAAUCACCCAGAGAUCUCCCUGAAACUCCAGUGAGCUGCAGAGAACUGGAAUGUGCUUUAGGGUUUUGUUUCUGCUAGAGUAGCCAUGCACACAGUGUUCCUUUGGGUUUGGAGCAUUCUGAUUUGUUAAUUUAUAUUUUAUUUAAAACUGUUAAUUUUACUUGAAAGCAAGAUUUAUCCAUGAUUAAAAGUGGGAUUUC